AUGGAUAGAUUAACUUCAGUACUAGGUUGGAACGUUUGAAAAAGGCCAUCUCUUGGAUUUUAUCGUUUACCAACAAGAAGUCCCUCAUAGAUGGAGUUUUUUUUUUCAAGCUGUUUUCUGUGAAAAGAAUACUUUUGGACAACUUUCAAGGAAAGUUGGAUUUUUUAAUUUUAAGUUUUUGAAACAAGGUAUUUUAACAAUACUGUAUGAUUCAAGAAAAGUUUAUUCUUGGUCGUUCAAAAUGAACGUAGUCACAUCACCAAAAAUGUUCCAUCUUUUCAUAUUUUGAUCCUUUCAUUUUACAACUCAAUCUAUCCAAGUAGAAAUGACUUUACGCGAUGCACAUUUUUGUUAAUUAUUGAUGAGUUAUUCCUUCAGGCGAUGAAGAUGGCAACACACCUUUGAUGCUCGCUGUUCGAGAAUCUCCACUCAACUGGCCGUGCUUGCACACUCUCAUCUUCUUUGGAGCUCAGUUAGUUUUGUAAUUUCUCUAAUAAGUUUAUCAAUAAUCAAGAAAGAAGGCUAUAUUUGAAAAAUUUUAUCAAAAGGGAUUCGUGAGAAAAAGUCAAAAAUGAACGGGAAAUUUUUAAAAUUUCCCAAUUUUUUCAAUCAACUUUUGAAUGCCUGGGCGAAAAAAUUUUAUUCUCAAGAUUGCAAUCAUCAGGAUUCAGUAGAGCCUUAGUUUAACGAAUAAGCGAAAAAAGAAAUCAAAUUAUUUCCUCUUUGGUUACAAUUCUUCUGAGUGAAAACCGCCAAAUUUCAAACCAUUAUCGGAGUUUGGCAACUCGAAAGCUUUUCGUUCUUGACUUUUCUUCAAUCUCUAUAACCGGUUUUCUUUACAGAAUCGAACAGAAAAACAUGAGAGGAAUCUGUCCACUCGACCUGGCGCCAGAACUCAAAAAAUUGCAACAGACUUGUGUCGAAGAACUUUUCAAAAACGCUUGUUCUGGCGAUAGCGAACCUCCUUCAAGAUCGACUCCGGGUGCAGCUUCCAAACAAUGGAACCGUCUACAGGUUGAUAAUGGUUAGUUUGUCAUUUGAAUUAGGAGGACUUUAGAGUUGGUCAGUUAAUUUUUGCUCAGAAAUUCCUUCUGGACAUGUUCCUUGCCCUAGCAUGUGGCCCAAAAAAGAGCGAGGAUCUUAUUAUUCGGAAGGAACCUAAUUGAGUUUCGACUUGUCCGUUCUCCAAACCUUGUGCCUUUGGUUCAUUUGCAUUACCUUUGUUUCAAGAUGACGCGAAUGACGUUCUUUUUUGGUAAAAUAGCUCAUUUAAUUUGAGCAUGAUCGAAUGGUGUUGCGAAUUUUGCCCUUAGUGUUUGUUUGAGUUAUUUUUAGGGCUGGUGCUGUGUGUUAGUUGCUUAAAUUAGGAACCUUCGUCAUUUAUAUUUUUGAAAGCUUCAAGAAAUCAAAAAUAAAUUCCGCGUUUUUCAUCAUUUCGAACGUCAUUCUACUGUUGAUGUUCCCGUUGGAGUUUAAAAACUUCAAUUUUUGAUCAUUUCGAAGCAAAAUUUUUUUUUCUUUCAGCUUUAUUCUAGCAAGCCUGUGCGCAAGCUGACGCGUAACCUUCCAAUUCAAAAUUAAUAAUUCUUCUUUUUGGCUGGGACAAAUUUCUGAAUAAAAUAGGAGAAAUAGGAAUUCCUCAAAAGUAUUUAUAAGAACGACAUGCGCAAACUUAUUUCGGAAAAUAUUUUUGAAACUUUGAACUGUUCUUUUUUGAAAAGUAGAAAUUUACACUGAUCGCCAUUUGAAAAAUUUCUUUUCUUUACGUAGAUUUUUUUCCUGAUCAUCGUGAAAACUUUUUUGCAAACCAUUCAAAACGUCUCAAAACGUGAUCAAGCAGAUAGAACUUUUUUUCAAAUUCUUCAAAAGUAUUUUGCUUCAUUUGUCCGCUUUGUCUCAGCUCUUCUUUUCUGAGCUUGGAGAACAGCUUGCGCACAGAUCUGUUUCCAAACACACAGCGCUAAACUAACCUUUGUGCUUACUCUGCUUGAAAAGCGUGUCCCAAAGGAAGAGAAGGCCGGAAAGGCGUGUCCAGGACCGCCAGAGGCGCUGUCGCCACUCGGCGGCCAGACAUGCCGUGCUUGGGUUCAUUGUGCUGUUGCCUGUGUUCAGUGUCUCAAGGCGAGCGGAACCUCGUCAAGGCGCCGCUCAGUCCGCGGCCGUCGGCUGCGGCGUCCGUCUCCACCUGCAGCAUGCUGGAAACAUCGUCGGCCAAGGAGUGUGCUCGUCGCAAAAGCCUCGUUUCUCUUCAGCUUCACCGUAAGACCAAGUCCUCCAAAGAGUGUGAGUCGCUUUUGUUGAAAUUUCGCUCGUGUAUGUUGAAAUUAAGCUGAAACUUUUUUUAUACAGAAGAUUUUUUAUUUAUCACGUUUCGGAAAGUGUCUGACGUACACAAUGUGCUCAAAAUUUUUUUCAAUAAAAAGACUCUUUUUCGAAGCGCUAUAGUUCACUAAGAGUAUCAAAAAGGAAACGUCAGACUUUUUGAGAAGAUUUUUUUUGAAAUAAAAAUUUCUGUGACGCCUUUUCGAUACUUUUUUACGGUAUUCUAUGGCGCUUAGCACGGAUUUUUUCGUUUGAUUAUGAUUAUUUGAAACAAGAGUUCGACACAGAUCUGCAACUCGACCUCAGACACUAUCUCGAAGCGUUCAAGCUUUUGUGUCAUUUUUUUUUUGAUUUUUUAAAAUGGCUUUAUUAAUUUUAUCAUGCUGGCUGUGGCUGUUGCUUUCGUAAUUUUUAAUUUAUGCGUUUUUUUUUUGAAUUUUUUUAUUAUGCUCAAGCUUUGAAAAAAGUGGCCUGCCUGUUUUUGUGUUUUCAAAUCAUAAUUUUUUGCUUUAUUUUGUUAGCAAAAAAAUGGAAUUAUUUAAAGUUGUACUCGUAAAAAGAAAUCUUCAAUCGAAUGUUAAAAAAAUUACCUCACUACAUUAUAGGGAAAAAAAUUUUUUUAUAAUCCACAUAAAUUUAUUUUUUUAUUUUUUUGCGAGAUAAAAAAAUUUGAAAAAAAUUGAGAAAAACAAGUUAGGAAUUAUUUGAGGAAGUAGGUAGAAUAAUUGAUAGAACAUUGGCAAGCCAGCUGAAAUUAAUAUUCCUUGUGCAACUACACCAAAAGCAGACGUUCUUUUCCUUUUCACAUCAAGGCUGUUGUUUUCCAAGGAAGUCCGUAACUUUCAUUUGUCAUUUUGCAAUUUCGAGGGAACUGAAGUAAGUUUUUCUCAGUCAGAAGAAAUUCUCUUUUUUUAUUUUUGGUUUGAAAAAAAGAAAUACCAUUUUAAGUUAUGAACACUAGUUAGAAAUUUUCUUCUGGACUCAGAAAAAAUAAAUGAAAUGGUUUUCUAUCUUCAACAAUCAAAGCAAGUGUUAAAAAAAGGAUGUGUUAUCAAAAAGUCACAAAUCUUACCGAUACUUGAGUCAAGUAGGAAGCGCAAGGCAAGUCACAAACGCGGAAUCCAAUUAACACUCUGAUGGCGGCUCCCAGGCAAUUUUUCCUCUUUUAGGGCUCUCUUGCCACUUUUUCAAGUCUUCGCAACCAGGGACUUUUUUGCCAAACAAAUGGACAAUCUGGAAUUUUAAGCCGAUGUUUCAGACCCCGUCAUCGACUGCGUCAGUUGGGAGCAAGCGUGGGAGUUACUCAAGAAGAUGGCCUGCAACCCAGAAUGCCUCGACAACAUUGUGGUAAUUAUUUCGAACGACUCUUCAUCCCAAAUUUCGAAGUCUUUGGAAAACACAGUAAAAAAAGGGCUAUUUGGCUGCAAAAAUAAAAUUUACUGUAUGUAUCGCUUCUCUCGAAAAAAGUUUCAGCAUUUUUCCCAACUGACUGAAAGUUGGAUAUUCAAUUUUGUCUUUUUUCAAGCAAUAUUUUACAGAGUUCGUUGUCCAAAUUUUCGGCUCAAAUGGAAAAUACACCGGCAAGCAUAGAUCGCGAACAAUUUGACUCACAUAUGGGUGGUUUGCUGCAUAAAAUGAUGCAUGUAACGCUAAAUUUUUGGUUCAAGAGUUAUAAAAUUUUUUCAGACGGCCAUAGAAGAAUACGAGUCAUCCACGCCAACCUACAAAAAACAAAAAAAGCUCCAUCUCACCUGGCUUCUGAGCCAAAUAGCAUCCUUCUGCUUCACCUUCCUUCAAAAAAGCGGCACAAGUCGACAGUUUUCAGCCCUCAACACUUUGAACAAGGUUUAGGGGCAAAGUUAACAAGCGACUGAUUUUAUUGAUAAAAUUAAGAUAAUUGACGCGGGUCUUGUGCACGAUCUCUUCUCCUUCAACGAUGUCAUAUUUCACUCUUCACGAAUUUUGAAUCGUUCACAUGCCUUCGAUUGUGAUGAACCUCCAACCCCUUGUAAGAAAACAAUCAUGUUUUAUUGGAACAAGUUUUCAGCGGGAGAAUCUUUUGCUUCAAACGCCGACCAGAGCUCUACGGUAGAUCACGUCUUCAUCUAUGGUGCAGGAUACAAGUGAGCAUCAGACAAAAUCUGUGAAAAUUUCAUUGGGAAUCCCCCGAGGCGAUCAUAGUACAUCUAAACCACAAGUUUGUAAUAAAAAACCAUAAGGCAGUCAUACUACAUUAAUCUCCAGCUUUCUCAAUCACAAAAAUUUUAUUUCAAUUCACGAUGUACACUUCAGAAGCUUGAAACAAAACCUGAAAAAAACCAGUCACUAAUAAUAAACAAAGAAGCAAGGAAUGUAUAGGAAUAUAUUAUUGUUUUAAUAGCCCAUUUCUUCAAAGGGACCAGUCUUUGCUUCCUUCGCCGACGAUAACUCCGGUCCGUCACAAGGCUGACCUAAUGAAUGCAUUCAGCGACAUGGAGCCUAGUCAAGGUUUCUGAUUUUCAAUAAGAAAAGUUGUAAUUUUUUUCCAGUGAUCAUAACUCUGCACAACGCAAUAACCAUGCAGAACCGAGAAGCUGGAAGUCGUUCAGUGUGUAGUCCGGCUCAUCGAUGGCGUCAGUGUUGCUCGCACUGCGCGCAGAUUUUAGUUGCUCGCUUGCUUCUCUUUCUCACUCAUUCCAAGUUGGUUAAUCAGUGAAAAAUCGCCUCACGUUUGAUAAUUCAGAAAGUUUCGCACACGUCUUUCGGAGAAACAUCAGCUGAAAAGCUUAGUCGCCUUGUUGGAGCCUACUCUUGAGCCUGUAAGUGUACAUCGAAGUUGUUGAACAGGCGGAACGUCGUUUCUGACAAACAAUCUCAAAUUUUUACCUUCAGCAACUAUUAUGUCUCUUGCUUCAAUGCCUUGCCCUGAUCGCCUUGGAUCCUUCUACCCAUUCUACAUUGAUUGACGUUCAAAUUGACGACGUCCUCAUUCAAAUGCUCCUUCCUGCUGAUGACUGGUAAAACAAAGCGUUUUUCACAUCUAAUCACAAACUUCAGGUAUUAUACAAACCAUAGUACAAAAUACGGGACGUUUGUCAAAUAUCAUGCUGCUAGAGUUCUUGUCUAUGUGGGCAUGGGCGACAGAGUCGGAAGUCGGGUCAAUGUCUUCAAUUCCAUGGGUUUCUUAAUUGGAGUUUUGAAAUCAAGGAUAUUUUUCAAGGUUUCGAACCAUCAACUACCGCCAACAAAGUAUCUUCCCAACCAAACGAAGACGACUACAUUUGUGAAACGUGUGCAACUCCUCGGAGUAUGAGCACAUUUUCUCGUUCCGCUGUGUCUGUAGAAGGAGUUCUGCUCAAGGUUUUGGCGGAAGUUGCUGAGGUUUUUGUUUUCGAUAUUGAAAUUACAGAUAAAAAAAAUAAAACAAAUCUUUCGCAUCAAUUGAAAAAAACUUUUUUUCGGAAUAAGAAACUAUACUGGUUUUUAUUUUUUUACAUUUUUCCUGUAGUACAUCAAAAGUUUUUGAGCAUGUUUUUUCCGAAAAUACUGAAGGGAACAUUUAUUUCAAUGCAAGCUUUUUUUCAGCUCGUAAAACAGAGUCAACAUUUAUCGGCCAGUGAACCUAUCACUGAAGAGUCACCAAGUGCCGGUUCGCCUCCUGCAAUCUUGCCGGACAGUGCCGAGCAGACGAAGAUUCUUGAGAAGAAGAAGGAGCAUCUCAGUCAGCUUGGAUGCCAGAUUUUGAUUUCUCUGGAGCAGUUGGAAGCUCACCUGUGCAAAUUAGGGCUCGUCCUCGACUCGGUCCUUCUCCUUCGUCUUCUUCUCCACAAGCUUUCGUGGGAUUUGGGUAUCAAUUAAUCAGAUAUAAAGCUUUUGAUUUGUAUUUUAAGGCCUGGUUACCAAAAAGCGAGUCGCUGUUGUCGAUCACGUGUACAAGCCGAUAACUGAUCCUCGAGCUCACUCCAGUUGCAGCUUGGGCGCUACAAGGUUUGGCUUCUAAAUAAUAGGUUAGAAUACUCGAGUGAAAUUAUUUCUCAGACGCGAAGACAGUAAAAAAGACAAAAACUAUCUCCGUGUGGACCAAGGAUCUCGAGCCUCCAAAAGAGUCCACAUUAGAAGAUCGAGGUAAAAGAAAAACGAUCAGCAGAAAAAAAAAAAUGCCUUUCAGCUCUGUGGAGAUCAUUCGACCCAAGCGGCUUAGCUCUGGAGCUAAAGAUAUGAAGAAUCGAGAAAGGAGAAAAAGGUUCAUCGCAGUCAAUCUAAUUUUGUAACAAUAGGUGCGAUAAUCGUGACGCGUGCGGUUGCGCAGCGGCUAUCAUUUUGACCUAUUCUGAGCUACUCAUCAAGCUUUGAUGAGUAUCAAAAAUGCGGGAACUCAAUAGAGGAGGGAAACAUUCGUCAUGACCUCAAUUAUUUCUUUCAGACUCGGAACUGAUACCAGCAGCGGAUCAAACCGCUCUAAAAAAACAAACUCCUCGUCUUCUUCUGUGCAAAAGCACCUGCCCAAAUAUAUUCAGUCGCUAUUCCGAAGCAGGAUGGGAACGGAUCCGUGCAAACGGACGUCGAGAAGUGAAUCCACCCUGCCGCACAGUGAUUUUUACGUUGUGUUACUACUAAAACUUCUCUGCACGCUCGCCUUCUUCAGGCGAUCUUCAGACUUGCUCAAUCUAAGCUUUUCUUCACCUUUUCAUGUUCUUUGCAUUACGAGCAAGUCUGUCUCUUGCAAUUCCUACUGGCUUCUGCAACUAUAACGCAUCUAUAGGGGUUUUAAUUAUAGGAAAACUUUACAGUUUCCGUCAAUACUCAUACUUUAAGCCUCUUUUGAAAACUUAAGUUUAGAGGAAUAAAGUUCAAGAUUUUCUAUAAUUUACUGAGCUCAAGAGCACAAACAUUUUUCGACAAGCAAAGUUAGAGACAUCUUUCCUGUUUUUGAAGUCAAGUUAUUUUUUUCGUUAGUAUAUACCUUGAUUAAUCUACAACACUAUUUUUUUGAUCAAGACUUGUUUAACAAAUAUCGAAAAACUCAAGUUGAACCAUUAUGAUCACUACACAAAUCUAUAUUUCGUGUGGAGCAAUACUUCUAAUACGAAUGAUUUUUUCGUUGUUUGUUAUUUGAAAAUAUAUAGAAAUGUUUCUCAGGAGAUUCAAACGAGAGCAACACCAGCGGCUCAGAUGCCGUCCUGGAAUUUACACGGAAGCUCCAAAAUUAUCCGCUCACGCGAAGAGAAGCACAGAGACUGACUUAUCGGAGCAACGGACAGCAGGACUCUAACGACUCGAAACAAACGGCUAGACAAUUGGGUUACACCUAUCUGCCGGAACUUGAAAUUCAAGGGGCAAGUCCGCCAAGGUAAUUUGCCUGGUUCUUUUUUUUUUGAAGAAAGAGAAGAAAGAAAAGAAAGGAAGUUGCUUUCCGAAUCUUCAAACAAACAUAAAACCCAAAAAGGGGUCAAAAAAGUUGAACCGAUUUUUCGGUAUAAUAAUAAUUUGUUGACAGAUCAGCGUGAACCCUAACGAGUUCACUUGGAUCUAGAAUUUGAGAGAAUACAUUAUACAGUUAUACAUCAUUUGAGUCGUGGAGGAAUAGACAAGAAGAUCUCGUGCAAUGGUAGAUUGACCAGUAAAUUUUUUAAAGACUUGGGGUGGUGGCUGAAUUGAAAUUUGGAAGUGAGUUUGUAACCGAUUAAUAAUGAUGCUUUCAGAUCACCUGGUCCUCUAACUGGAACAUCGUUGGAUGAUGGAACAGGAUUGCUGUUGGAUACUCGACGUCCAAGCAGUCCUCAAGCAAUUCCUGGACUGCCACUGAUCGAAAUCAGAAGGCCAUCAGCGUUGUCACAAUUUGAAUUUGGAUAUUUUGUGAAUUCCCCCGAACUGAGUGGUAGCGAAGCUUCAGACUGUGCACCACUUCUUCUAACUGGCAGUGGGCAGAUUGGCGGAAGUCGCAAAAGUUCUGACGGUAUGGUUUUACCGAUUUGAAAGACGGAAACAAAAAGCGCGUGUUAACGGUCCAGAAUAAUUUUUUUUUUGUUGAUUUCAGAAACAUCUUUGGGCGGCUGGUCUAGCAGAGCUUCUUCUGUGAUGAGCCAAAGGUCUUCAAGAUCCAGCGUAGGUCUUCGGCUCUCAACGUUUUCUGGCGGUAAGUGUGAAGCUUUGCUUCAGCGUCUUGAACCGUUGAAUAUUUUCAAACACAGCUUCAGGAACGAGCAUUGCCUCUGAUAACUCCGGUCCAUUCCUCUUCAGUUUCGUGCUUCGGAAAAGAGCAUCCACGAUUGGGACCAGGAUUCCUAUUCCAAGAAGAGCACUGUCACGUUCUUCUGGCGACAGCCUUCGUGUUCCAGAUCGAGAAGUAUUAUUUUUGUUGGCUUAAAAGAAAUUAAAAAAUUAUGUUUUAGUCGGCUCUCCGACGAUUUCCGAAAAGUUUUCUAUGACAUUUAUUGUAAACUUGAGGCGCUUACUUAACAAAACUGUAACAAACAUGACAGACCAAAAAUUCAGUAUCAUCCUUGAGCCAAAAUCACAUUAUUUUAAUUCAUUUUCUGCCUGGGAAGCAAUUGAAACUGAAGUUCUUGCUGGCCUAUCAUUUUAUUCAUUCAGAGUCCUUUGCACCUUGUGAGCAUGACAGAGAUGAACCCAGAUUUCCAAUGCGUACGGCAACUCAUUCUCAACUUACUAAACGUUUAUACAAAAAGGUUUCAGAGUCAGCUUUGAGCCGAUCUCAAAAGUUUUCUCUCAGAAAUGACAACGUCGUCUCAACCAUGAAAGAAUGCGCAGACGUUUUGCGUCAAAUUCUGAAUUCGCCCCAACAUCCGACUGUUAAGAAUUGGUGUGCUGAAAUCAUUCACGUCGUCAGCAGUCAUGUGGUGAGAAUUUCUACAAGUAUUAGGACAACUGUCAAAUGAUAAUGAUGCGUUCUCAUGAACCAACUAGUACCUCACACAAAGUUCAGCCAAAAUUUCAGGACGAGGAACAGCCGACAACAGCCGAGAACAAUGAACACAUCAACGACGAAUACCUGGAGGUUUGUAGCUUUUCUUUCCCUUCGACAGUACGAUCAUUCUGUUAUUAAAUUUCGCGAUUGUUUCUGCUCAAAAAAAAGUUGGCAAAUAUGACGCGAGGACGGAAUUUCAAUAUUGCUUGCAACCGAAACAAAACAAAACAAAACGGAUGCCUUUGUCGUAAAACGAGAGAAAUAAAGGCUGAAUUGCAUUUUCUGAAAAACCAUCGUCAAGAUGUCGGAUGUCGAAGACAAUUUUUCUUCCGAAAGCUUUUCUCGUCGAGCUACUCUCUCGUCUCUUCUGAAUAGUAGACUGUGGAGGUCUAGGAAGUUUGGCAGCUCGCUGAUUAACCACAGAUCUGCUAGUGGGAAUAUUUCACUUGACUCUGACAUUAUUGAUGACGUGAUUCAUGAAGAAGAAGAACCAGUUUUGAGCAACUACCACAUCAGUCAGAGAAGUAGGGCGUUGCAUGUGUAUCUAUUUGUGAAGAGCUCGACGUUUCAGAGAAAUCAAUGUCCCUUGAUGAGUUGGAACUGCAGAGCGUGAAGAAAAGGGCGCGAAAGUCAAUCGCCAAUUUGUUUUCCACGGAUAACCUCAAAAUUCACGAAGACGAAGUUCUUUCAAAAAGCUCAUCUUUGAAGAAAAGCUCGAGUCCUCAAGUCAAGACCAACGGGAGAAGAUCUUCACUCCAGCAAUGGUUUUCCACAAGAACCGUUUCUUCUGCGCGGCGCAGAGACACUUUCGACGGCCGAAGACCUUCGGUUUGCCACGCCGAUUUUGUGCGGCAGACUCGCUCUUUCACGAGGGACCAUUUGGAGAACCUCCUGAUUCCAAAAAAGGGAGCUCCUGUCAACAUUGUACGCCUAAGUGACGAACGUUUCUACGACAUGGACGACUUGACCGAAUCGCUUCGUGAAAUAUUUCUAUGAAUAAUCUAUUUUGGUUGUGCUUUAAAAUCGUUUUGAGGUUCUAAUAAAAGUCAGGGCAAGCUAUGAUUUUUUUCUUUCACAAUUUUUUUAGUCAAAUUUUUCAAAAGAAAUAAGAAAAAGUAAUUUAAGGAGAAAAGCCCUGUGAUGAUUUGCUAAAAGUGGAGCCUCCUCUGAAAACAUACUGAUGUUUUAUGCUUGACAAAUAAAUCUUUUCACCUUUCGCUAGCCCUGGGGCGUUCCGCCCACCUCACAGCGUGAAUUGUUACGCGUUUCCUUUUUUUCCGAGAGGGUGUUAUCGCAUUUCAUGGUGAAGAAAUGAAAGAAAACAAACUCGGUUGAACAUCUGCGUGCAAUCACGUUUCAGUGUGCGUGGUUGGAGCCCUGAUUCAUUCCUGUUUGUUUUUUAUAUUCAGUCCUAAUCACUAUGACGGAAAGUUUAUCACCCAACGUACAUGAACUACCUUAUCUUUUCCUGAAUCGCGACGAGAAUCAGAACAUAACCCAGCGUCGGAGAAAACGCGUCAACCCAAAGUUCCAUCUCCUCCGGCUGGACUAUGCCGACGAGUUUGUCGUAGACCUCCUGAGGCAGCUCCCUACAACGUCCAGUGAUGAAUUUCUUCUUGAAGAAGGCGAAGUCUAUGAGGACUAUGGAACUACAAACAAUUUGAGUCAAUUAUCUACUUGCUCAAACUUCAACAACUCCGUUUUGGCUGGACUGGGCGCCACGGUCUGGUACAGACAGUCGCUUUCGUCCAAACAACUUUCCUCGUCGAUCGAUUACACUAUUGAUACCGAAACUUUUGAACGGUUGUUCAAGUCAACAACGGCGCCGCUGAUCAGGAUUAACUGCCUCGCCAGUUUCGGUCAAGACUUGGAAAGCAUUGCGGCCAUUAUCAAUCCCAUCUAUAAUGAAGAAUGCUCAUUAGAAGCGUUCAAAGUUAGUUUCCAUUAAAAAGAUAUUCCGGUUCAUUUUUGAAGGGAAUUUUUUAUUUCAGUUCCAAGACCAAGUGAUUUCCGGAUCUUUGCCAUGUCCAAAAGAAGACGCCGCUCUUCUGGCAAGUAUACAGCUGUGCGUUGAAGAACAGUGGCCAAGCAACAAAAGGACGCAAACGAUUCGUCGGCACUUGCUCAAAGGACAAUUCGGUAGAGAUCCCUUUUUCAAGGAGUUUUCUGAACAAUAAAUGUUUAGGUCGAAUACGUGAUCUUGCUCAAAAAAUAAUGGUGACCCCUUGGGAAGUUGAUCAGAACUUGUACUGCACGCCGCCUCGUUUUCCGAACGAGUCUAAUACUGCGAGGUUCAAUUUUUUUUUAAUAUUUUCCAAUUCAUUCAUAAUAACCGCUUCUAAAUCUGCUAUAUAUCCUUUUUUCAAAUUUGAACGAGGUGAUUUUCCUUUUACUUUUUGGGUAAAUACAAGAUUAUUCAUGAGUUUCAAUGGAAUAUCUGAAUCACCAAUAUCUGAACUGUUUUUUCAGUCGUACGCACUCGGUUGUGGAAGAAGUUCCUCAUAGGAACAGAACGCCGACCUUGUUGAGAUGUAUCACGAAUACAGAUGGUCUAAUGUCAGAAGAGGUUUGUAAAAAAACAAAAAAUCUUGAAUCAAGUAUUUUUCAGAUGCAAGCUCAAUGUCUUCCAGUUGAUCUGAGAGGAGAUCGCAGAACGAUAAAACUUGUCAAGGUUGAACGAAAAUUUGAAAUAAGAAUGCAAACUAACAUUUAUAAGAAAAGAAGCGUUUUUGAGUAAGAAUUCAAUAAUUCGAAAUAUUGCGGUUGAGUUGCACUUCGAACUAUCGUUUUAAAAUUUUUGCUCAAAGUCGGAGCGUUAGAAAAAUUAAAUCCAAAAAAAAAACGCAAAAUUUAAUUGGAAAAAAAAGACUAUGACUACAUGGGAAAAUGGCAAUAAGGACCAAAACGGGGAAAAUUUAAUAUGCCGCAGAAAAAAAUUCAAGCAAGAUUCAAAGCUGGUUCCGUAUUGUUCAAACUUCUUCUUCCUACGCCUUUGUACCGCUUGAGCAGAUUCGGUAGCCCAAGUCGAUGAAUCGGAGUCCUAUCCUGAUAUCAGUGAUAAUCAUCCGAGUGUGUGACGGCUGGAAAAAAAACCCCUAAGUUGGGUUGCGGCAAGAUCGAACUUGUGAUCCUGUAGACCGUAAACAGGCACACAACCUGUUGCGCCCAAAUAGUUCGCCUUAAAUUGCGCAAAACCGCCGUGGCUCAACUGCAAAAUUCGAACCAUUUUCUCACUUCAAAAUUUUUAAACACAGCAAGCUUGUGAAAAAAAACUUGUGAAUCCCACCUUAAAAUUUUGAUAAAUUUAGGAGAAGAAACGGAAGUUGUUUCACAGCCAAGUUUAUGAGAACGAGAUUGGCAUGAAAAAGCUCUACAUCCAGGUGAGAAAGAUAGAAAAUCAUUAGUUCUUUUCUCGGACGCAACUUUGGCGACUCUUGUGUUUGCUCAUCUCAUUGCGUUUUUCAGACUGCGAAGAAACUUGCCGCUUUCGGGUGCAAAGUCUUCCAAGUGAAGGAGCUUCUACAUGGAAGGACAUUGCGCAAGGUGAUCAUUUUCUCUGAAUGUAUUCAGUUAUGACAAAAUAACUGAAAAAAUUUAAGUUCUGCAAACAAAUAUUCAAGUAAUUUGAAUGCCGCUUUUUUCUUUUUUUGAAAGAAGUUGGCCGGUGAAAAAUGUUUUCUGAGGCAAAACGGUCACCCCAACUUUUUUUUAGAUUUGAAAAAAUUUACUUUAAAUAUCACAACAGUUCGCAUUCUCUAGCCAUCUACAACCCUGAAUUUGCGCGAAAAUAUUAAAGGAACGGUAUGAAUGAAAUUGGAUUACUACUUCGAAAUUUCGAAAAAAAACUUCCAUUUAUUUCUAGUAUUUCAAUCAUCAUUAGGAAUUGAAAAAAACUGUCAUCUCCGUGUUUCGUUCCUUCAGAACUUGGCUCUUCCGACUUUUUUUUUGCUUUGUCUUUGAAGAGUUUUCAUGAAGGGGCACUCAAACCAGUGGUGCUCUACGUUUACCUAGCGAGCGGUAGUUCGUUCUCGCCGAUCUCGCCAUUGCUUUUUGUAUUUUUGAGAACGAACUAGAGCAAAAAAGAUGUUAAAUUAGAAAGAAACGACGUGCGUUACACAUGAAGCCAUUCCAACCCAUUCUGUGCUUUGCGCUCGCCGGCCGCACUUCUGAGCUUUGCUGAGAUGACAGAACAAAUAGUGAAUGAGCGCUUUAUUUUCAGUUUCCUGGCAAGGAACUGAAUGAUACCGUUCGGCACAAUGUGUCUUUUUCGCAACAUUUCUGCUCGUUUUUUUUUAGUUUUUUUUUUUCAUUCUUACAUGAUAUAUUAGUAUAUUAAAAAAACUUUGUGAAAAAUAUAGGGGAAAUGGGAAAUCAAAAGUUUCUAUUCCUCGCAUGUUUCCAAAACAUAUUUAUAUUUUUAGUAAGCCAUAAUGUUACGCGAUCGUUUCGUGAUUUCUUUCAACGUUCUCCUUUUCGAAGAAAAAGAUAUUUUUUUACCGUCAUUUUGUUAUUUUUUUCCUCAAAUUAAUUGUAAAAAAAUAUUUAUAGGAUUUGUGUUGACCAUAAGAUCGGCCAAAAAAUUUUGGAAGAAACGUUUUUUUGAGAGAAAAAUUUCACGCAAUCCACAUUGAUUUCGCUCAUAUAUCAAUUUCUUAGAUGAAUUUAAAUUUUUUUGCAUACGAGAUAAAAAAAUAAAACUUAAAGAUAAACUUUUUUUCAAGACGUGUCACAACUUGAUUUUUUUAGCUUUGAUCGAGUAGGAAACGAAUUUCCCAGAAAGCUUGAACUCAUUUUUGUUCUGCAUGUGAUUGUUAUUGUCGUGCAAAAAGUGAAAAAGGUUACAUUGAAAAUUAUUGAAUGUUCCAAAUUAGAAUAUUUUUAGAAAAAAACUGAAAUUCGAAAUUCUGAAUUGAACUGUCGUGGACCGAAAAAUAUGAGUCACAAUAGUCAUACAAAUGCUAAAAUUCAGUUUGUUUGCCUUUCUCGUUCAAUUUUUGGCGCACUACUUUUUCUCACCUUAUUUGAUUGGGGUUUUUUUUUCUUAUUUCUGAAGACGAUCGCUUCUUUAUUAUUCAAAAAAAGGUAAAAUUUUUCAAUUAGUUGCUUUCGAUGGAAUUUUUUUGAUCGAACGCCCUCCAUCAUUUUUGGUGUCGCCUGGUUUCUUUUCAAUUUGAACAAAAGAAUGACUUUUCGGUUUCAAAUUGUGUCUUUUUUCACGUUCUGUAUAUGUUUUCGAAAUCAUUUAUUGUGACAGCACUCCAAAAACAUGUAAAAUAUCAAAAGUUCCCUUUCAAUAUGCUCCUUUUGAGAUCUUUAUUUUACACUCAAUUUGAUAAUGAUAAAGUGCAGUUAUUAGUUUUUUGACGUCGCAUUCCUUGGUUAGCCUUGAGUUUGCCGUUUAUGAGAAUUGAUUACUUUGUUAAUUAGUGGUACGCUCAGACACUCCGGCUGCUUUGUCUGUCGUCGGUCCAACUUUGUCUUCUGGACGGCACGACGAAGAUCGUGCUCAAGAAGCAGCACGCUUCGACUUUGCAGCAGUGGCGAGUUGGUGGAGGAGUCAGCAAGCAUCAGCUUCUUCUCGAGUUCCGCGGAACCAAGUGGCAGCUCAUCGGUUCGUUUUAUCAUUUUCCAGAAUUCUCUCGUCCAGUGAUCAUAUUUGGCACAAAAGGAGUUUUGAAAUGAGAUAAGGUUUAUUUAGGGCGUUUUCUUACGUUUAUUCUCAAUUCCCGCUCAAGACGAAGAUUUUUAGAGAAUGCUAUAAAAGUUUUUUUUUUCGAAGAUAUAAAGUUUUGAUGCUCAAAAGUGUUGACCGCAAUAAUCUAUGCCUUUAAAAACCAUGUUUCUUGACAAAACAUGAUUUCAUUCAUAUAUGGAAGUUGUUCAAGGAAAAAAAUCCAAAAAAAUCCGAAAAAAAGAGGUUUUUUUCUUUAAUAAUUGUGCGAUGCAAUGGAUCGAAAAACUUUGAUAACCUCAUUCCAACUCCCACAUACGCUGUGUUUUCAAAGAUUUCGGUCAUUUUCAAAUUUUUUCAAAAAAGUAUCGUUUGAGAAAAUGAGGCGGCGGGGGCAAAAAGCAUCUGCCGGAUGCCAAAAGCAUUAAAACGUGAAAAUGCGCUUUCAUUUGACCUCUAGUUUGAUCUAUGAAACUGAACGCCGCAAUGCCGACGCACGUCCGGUGUCGUCUGCAUGCGGAAUUACAGCUUCUCCUUCACGCCUUUUCCCAAGGUUCAUAAUACCGUAGUCUGAGGUUCUCUUCGGAAUCUCAGUUUUCGACUACGUUGUUGGAUUCUUUCGAUUAUUUUAUGCUAUGAAACGAUUAUAGUUCACUUCUUUCAAUCAAGUUGACAUAAAAGUAGUUUUUGUAGUCAAGGUUUUCCGAAAAAAUGCUAGAAGGCUCUUUAAUACUCCAUAAAUAGUCUUUAGGUGUUCUGAUUUUUAAAUAGACUAUUUAACUACAGACCUGUAAACUCAAAAUUUGCCAGGAUCAUCGGAAAACUCUCAGACUGAUUCUCUUUCCUUAUUAUAAAAUAAAUGCAUUUUGAUGGUUCGCGUCUGAAAAGUUUUUCCAAGUGCAAAAGUUUCCUAUUUCCCCCGUUGCUUGGCGGCGGCGGAAGAUUAACUCUGAAAAGUGCCUUUGAAGUACUUCUAAAAACAGUUGUUUCCAUGAGUCAGACAGUUUUUUCAGCGCCCUCGUACAAUGCACUGAAGUCAAUAUCGAUGACAUUGUGGGAGAUUAUGCAAAAUUCGGCGAGCAGCAGCAUCCAACGCAGCCUCAACCAGUCGAUGCAUCGGUCUCACACCGAGGCCACCGUUUGUAUGUUUCAUUUCAUCAGUCUUUCGGUCAUUAAUUGUUUCCCUGAUCAUUUGGAAUAAGAGAAAGUAAAAAUAACAUCAUGAAUAAUCUCGGAUUUGGAGUUGUUCAGUGUCGGAACAACUCGAUCAAACAGAGGUUCCAGGAUUUUUUUCCGUCAGAAAUCCAUCAUUUGAAAAUUACUUUUUUUCUAGAGAAUAGAAGACGUUCAAAAAUAUUUUAAACUGACAAGAUUCCUCGGCGUUUAUAACCAGAAUAAGAAAUUCAUUUCUGUACGCAAAAUAGUAAAGGGAGAGUUUGACUAAAAAGAAAAACCAUUUAUUGUUUUCACAAAAGUUCCUGUUGCCUAGAAUUUUUUGAUUUUCAGUUCGAAUGCAAAUAAUUUUUCGCGACGACAGCUUAAAAUUGGGAUAUUAGUUUUAUGCCGUUUUUUCAAACCAAAAAAAGUGCGCAAAUCGCACUCUGGACGGUAGUACCUUUUCAAGUUUAAUCACCUGACUUCAAAUCAUUUCAUGCCUGAAAUUUUUCUUUCGAACAAAGUAAUUUAAAAACAUUUUUCAAAAUUUAGAAAUUUUUAGUCUUAGAUAUAUUAUUUUUGUCAAACAAAGAUGAGAAUCACUUCUGCACAAGUAUUUUCAAAACACAUUUCUCAAAAAUGUUUGAAGUUAAAUUCAUUGCCCUUCUUCAUGGUUCAUCGAUUUCGGAAAAACUUAUCGCUCGUUUUUUGUCCAACUUCGAUUUUGUAUUUAUAAUUUUGCACAUUUCCUCAUUCAACAGCUGAGAUGUCAUGAAUUGGGAAAGCAUCAAAACAGUUCUCAAGCUGCGUCGUUUUGCGAAGAGAACUAUUCCACCGUAUGUCCUUCGUGAGUUUUUGAAGCUGGUCUCUACCAAUGAAAAAAGGAUUUAAAGUUUGAAAAUCAUUUAAUAUAGUUGUUUCCCUUUAUUCCAAACAGUCUACUCGAAAAAAGGGAAAGAUUAUACUCUUUUAAAAAAAAAUUUUUCAAAAAAAAAAGAUUUAUCUCAUCAUUCACUAGGAAAUACACUAUUGAACAAUUUUUCAGAGCACAAAUUUUAUGCCCAUCCAUUUUUCCUCGAAUUUCCUUCCUAAUGGAAAUGGCUUUGCAUAGUCAACGACAUUCUGUCUGGUUGUAGGAGGUUGUUAUUUUGACGGCAACAUGAGACGUUUAUGAGGCACGGAUGUUGAAAUUGUUGAUAGCGUGAGUGUGGUUUGCUUCUCACUAAAAUCUCAUUUGUUGAAUUCAAAUAUCAACGAGUUCGCAAAGAAUAUUCUUUUAAAAGUGAUGAUUUAGCUCUUUUUUUUUACUUUUUGACAAAAAGCAAUAAGUUCAGGUUGGCACCAAAUUUAUGUAGUGUGCAGUACUAGGCAACAUAUUUACGAGGAGAAUUUGUAUGCGAAAUUCAAUUAAUGACGGAGAAAAUUUGAAAACUGCUAAAAUACGAAGUCGAAGCUUUUGUUAUAUCAAUUUUUUUCAAAAAAACACUCUUCCCUUUUUCAAGGUUUCAUGCGAUAGAAAUUAUUUUUUUUUGAAACAUUGACAUACGAGAUGAUUUGGUUUUUUUUUUGAUCAAAUAGCGGUAAGGGAGUGCAAAUUUUUAGUGAAUGCUAAAAGCUCGGCCAUAAUUUGAAAAGCCAAACUUUUUAAAAAAAUAAAAAAAUAAUCAUUAGGUUUUUUUCCGCUUUACUUUUUAGCACAACUUUCCUGUUCAAAAUGAGAUCGGGAUCAAUAGCCCUGCAUUAAUUUUUAACUUGAUUAGAGAGCACAGAUUUGAGGCAACUGAUUGAUGUUGCACUUGGUGAUAGCGUAUGGCGGCUGCAUUGAAUUCUCGCCAAUCAGCUCGAAAUAUGAGCGAAUUCUCAAGGGGCAAAGGAUGCGGCUCGGGAAGGGAGAAAAGAGGCGGUGCCGUCUACCAAAAAGAGUGGAGGGACAGAAAAGACGAAGCAAAGAAAUGCUGAUCGCGUCUUCUUCGGCUUCGCCAUCUUGCUUUGUUUUACCCACUCUCGGCCGCUAGCCAGUCGACGCAGAUACCUGCGACCGGGUUCGCGGCGUCGACACGAUGACUUCGGUCGUGUCGCGGCUGCUCCAUGCUCUGGGCCGCUCUGCAGACCAAAAUGACGAGCCUGAGAUUCCUCCCGACCCUAACAGUUUGCUCGUGUAUGUCUGCAAUCUCGGUGGGUCCAAAAUCAUUGGAAAACUCUGAAAAGUGAAGCUUCAUUUUUUCUCUUCUUGAAGAAAAAUUUUGAAAAAAAGUUUCUCUGUGGAAAACACAAUAUAACUUCACAUCUGUUCAAAAAUGCUGGCAAAGGUUUUGAAAAGUAAAAAGCAAAAUCUUCCCACGAAAUAAACAAUCAUUGAAAACGGCUUUCAUCACAAUACUUCCUUUAUUCUAACUUCGAGAGAUAUUGCAAAAGUUUUACAAUAAGAAUAAUUUAUCAAAAAAGAACAUAUCAUCUUCUUUCUGGAAUGUCCAUUUACCUCAAUCACGGCAUUUUUCAGAGCUGCUCAUUUUGUAUAUUUUUGUUCGCACUUCUUUUUUUUGCAAUCAGCGCUCGUUUUCCGUGUGUCUCACGGUGACUCUAAACCAAUAAAUCCCUUCCAAAUUUGGGGAGUUCACGUUGCAAAUUGUGCGAAUUUCUUCGAAUUUAGUCGCGUUUGGAACUUUUUUUCCAACGGAACGGAUAUUUUCACAAAUUUUAGUAACGCCUGCUUUGUUUUCUUGGUGUUGAAAAUUUUCUGUGAGACAAAAGAAAAUUUCUGGAAGAAAUUUUCAUCCAUCUGAUUAUGAAUGGGGACAUUUCGAAACAGACAAAAAUUUGAAUAUUUCCAUAUUCCUUUCCCAAACCAGAUGACGUAAGAGGUCUGCGAAAAGUUUCAGGGAAGAGUUGGAAGCCAAGUUGUUGCAUCUAAUUGGCAAGAAAAGCUCUGUGUGAAAUGCUCGGCUGAUUGUCGUCAGAGAGUAUUUUGACUCAGUUCGAGAGAGAAAGAAUUCAGUACUUACGAAAAGUUCAUGCAAGUAAAUGGGUACUUUUUGACUCUCAUUUCAACAACCGGUUGUAUCGACAAAAGAUUUUGAAAUACCGGGAAAUGUCUAUCUAGUCAGAUUACAAAAAUUUUUUCAAACAUAAAGCCUUCUAUGAAGACGUCCAAAAGUCUCAACCUUUGUUUUUAAAAGAACGUCAGUUUCAUAAAGCCUUCUUUCAUUGAAUGAGAAACAAGUUUUCAAAGCUCUCAACUUUCCAAUGAAGUUCUGGAAAAUGUUCUUCCACAGGAGUUUCUCUUUCAAUAAUGUACUUUCCGAAAGAAAUCGUGGAAACUUAAAAUUGCAUCGCUAACCAUAAAAUUUAAAUAUUUUCGGUAACCUCGAAACUCCAUAUUUUUAGGGCCAACUUUUAAGCAAUUUAUCUUCUUCCGCAUCUGCCAUUUUUGGAUUUUUCUUGAAGAUUUCCGAGAACUUCUUCUAGCUUUUUUGCGUUCUUCGAGUGAUGAAAAGAAGGAAAUCGAAACUUUAAAUUGAAUCUUAUUUUUUAUUAAGAAUCUUCCGGUUUUUUAACGAUCAGAUCUCCUAUUUCAACGUUUAUAUGUAAAAUUAGGGGUUUAGUUAUCCCUUUCCAGUAGGCUUUUUCCCUUUUUUUUCUAUCAUCUUUCAAUGUGGCUUUUAAAAAAAGAUGUCUUUUUCAAAAAAGUAUGAAAUUUUCCGAAUCGAAUAUGUAAAGUUGAAGGUUCGUUACAUGUUCAAUGAUUUAGCGAGAUUUGCAUAUUUUACUUGUAUUUGUUGUUAAAGGCUGGAUACAUUUCAGGGUAAAAAAACUAUUCAGUUUGAAGAGAAGUUCGUGCUAGUAUAAAAAGUCCAGUAUCUUCAUUUAGAUUUUCAAAAAAAUAUUUUUUGCUUGCUCUAAAGGGCAAAAUAUAAUGUCUAAUGACAGUUUUUCAAAAAUAAUCUGAAUCUGAGAAAUAAUAUUUUUACACAUUGAAACUAGGGACUGUAACAGACAAUAUUAAGCUUCAUCGCGAAGUGAUUCAACGUCAUCAACCCAAUCAGCGACCGUGGGAUUUAUCCUGAAUGAAGAGCCCAUCACUUUAUUCCGGCUCGAACUUGAGCGAUUGCAAUACAUUCUUCAUUUCCCGGAAGAAGUUGCUUUCCAGGUAUGUAUUCUUUUCAUUUUUAAUUUCGAUCACCUUUUCAGCUGUCCUCAACUGAAUACCAGUUAUUUUAUUCCAUCCAACCGAUGGACUACGUUCGAUAUGUCAGCUGUGACUUGACCUCCGUUCCUGUGUCUGAAAACCCAAGCCCCGUCAGAAAUUUGGUCAAACGUCUCAGCGAGGUUUCUCAAAUUUUCGAGAACUUUUCAGCCCUGUAGUUCUCAGGUAUCUUCCUGGAUAACCCACGUGAUUGUCAGCCAACCAACUCACGACGAUCGGAAAGUUGCACUGACUGCUAUUCUUCGCAUCAUUGAGACUUGCUGGAACAUCGGUAUUUUAUUCAAUUAUAAACUUCGGAUUCUUUGGUCUAAAAGGGUCAAAAACUGCCUCUUCUGAUGCUUUAAUACUGACAAUUUCUUCAGAAGCCUUAAUUUUUUCCUCAGGAAACUUCAAUGCGGCAGUGGAAAUAUUGAUGGGUUUGAAAAGCGAGAAAUUGCGACCGUUUUGGCUUUCUCUCCGACAAGAAGAAAAACAACAAUACGAACAGGUACUUGCAGCCCCGGAUUCAUAAAGUAUUCAAAUUUUAUCAAGUUUUGUGACACGUUGCUCCCGGCAAAUCAAGCACUUCCGUCUCAAGCUUACAUCAACGCUGUUCAAAGAGCUCUGCGAAUGACUCAGUCUCGAGUCAUUCCGUUUUUCGGCAUUUUUCUCCGGUAAGGACUAGUCCAUUCUCAACUCCUUGAAAAUAAUUAUUAGUUGCGGUCUUUUCUUUUCCUCAGCACUGUUAGAAUCAACGCGAAUAUGUCAGACUCAGAAAUGCAACGUGUACAAACUUCUCUGCGAACAAAGCUUUUCAGAGACCUGUACGCCAUUGUCAACGACUUACCAAACAUCGUCGUUAUCGGACAUGAGGGUGAAACUCAAAAGCUUGAAGUGAGGAUAAAUAUCAAACUGAAAACAUAUUCGAUUAUAGUUCAUGAAUGAUCCGAACGGUGAAGAUCACUUUUCCUCAAGAAUCGGCGUUGGAGGGCUUCUGAACGCAGACAAAAUCAAUCUUGUUGCAAUUGGUAAUUUUGAUCUGAAUUCAUGAAAACUUCCUUGAUUUCAGUUCUCGACAACUUGGAGCUGUUCCAUCGACAUAGCCGAACGAUGAUAAAACAACUGGAGGAGCAGAGCGUCCCACAAGCAGAGAAAGAAACGAAAGAUGUCAAAAGUUCAAGUUGAGAAAAGUUUGAUGGCCUCUUAAACUUGUUCAGUUCAGUUUACGAGCCAGUUCAACCGGUUCGAGGAUCAUCUCAUGGUGUUUCUUUGAUUCCAUUGGACACUUUGAUGUUUGAUCUUGAUAUCAUCCAAAGACUACAACACGGAACUACGGUAAAGAAUGAUACAAAAAAAAAUUUUUCAAAUUCCAUCUUUUUUUGCGCCUCAUUUUUACGAAUUAUCAAAGCGUUUUUUAUUCAUUUUUUUUCCGGCAAACCUUGAUUUUUUGAUCAAUGAGGAGUACAACAAAUUUUAUAGUAUUCUUUAAAAAAAGGCACAUAACUGAAACCAAUCCUUUUUAGGUGAUUCACUACGAGCCAGACUCUGGAAGAAGCACGUUAUGUUUACUGCGCCUCGACCCAAGUUGCGGCCAGAUCAAUUGGCACAAAAUCAGUUAUUCCGUUAACAAAGAUCCCAGAGAAAAGGUGGCUUCCUCAGCUUCUAUUAUUUUUGUGAAGAUGUGAAUUCUCAGGACAAUUUGGCAAAAGUUUCUGUUGUGAACUUGCAACCAGCCGGAAUGGAUGGCAUCCGCGGCGGACUGACGCCUACUCCGACUCCGAGACAAGCAAGUGCCAGUGGAGUUGGUGUCGAAGAAGGCGAACUGAGACUGAGCUCUGUGAAAGGUGUUGAGCCGGUCGAUAGCUACGACAUUGACAUCGAGGUUUUUGAGCCUCCUUCAGCUUUUUCACUCUCCAAUAAUCUGCUUCUUGAGAGUGUUUCUUACUUUUCCUCUUGAGGCAAUUUAUCGGCGACAUUCGGCAGAAGAAAUGUCUGUACCCGUGUGCUGUUGGAAAGUCAGCUACGGUCAACUUUUGUCUGACAACGAGUUCAUCUAUUUUCUCGCCCCUCAGCAAAUCGCACAGUUCUGGACCAACGGACUUCAAUCGGUAGCUUUUCGUUAGAAAAAAUGCUCAGUCUAAAAAUUUUAAGGUCGUUCGAAGUCUACAAAGGCAGCAGAAAUAUCCCGAUCGGCGGAUGUUGUGGAUCAAGAACGUGUACUUGACGCUCUUCGAGUCGGUCGAGCCCAACUACGGACCACGGCCUUUUGAGGCUCUUCAAGCCUUCGGCGGACGCGUUGAGCGGUGGAAAGGUUUUGGUGCGUUUAGAUUCGUUGAAACUUCAAGGUCUGAAAAAAGUAGUCUUUUGUAGUCGACUUUCAAGACUUUUGAACGUUUUUUAAGAAAUAGCUUUUCAAGGUAUCAAUUAACAUUCUUCUUUUAGCGUAUCAGCUCCAAUUUCUACUUUUUGUGAUUGAGAGUUUUGAUGGGACGAAAGGCAGCGACUAAUCCGAAAAAUUUUUUUUAUCGGUUUUUGGUAUUAAACGAAUUGGAGAAAAAAAGCGUCUAUUUCUAUAUUUUUUAAUUGAAAUAUUCUUCCAACAAUAUGCAAACACGACCAAGCAGACCAUGCGAUUGUUUUUUGAGCAGACGAUCGAGAACAAUAUUUGAUAAUAAGGGAGUUGCCCUUAUCUUUUCAAUCUUUGCAGCUCCCUUUAGAGGCCUUGAAGUUUAUUUAUAAACCAUGUACAUUUCGGCGACUCUGACGCUUCUAGGCCUCAGCCAAACGAACAGCAAUGCCACGCGACCCAACGACUCUUCUCUUUCCAGUGAGCCCGGAGGAGCUAAGAGCAGGUUUAAGACGCGUCAGUAGAAAGAUAUCACAAAAAGAUGACUCAGGUUGAAAAAUUUGAAAAAUGCGAUGCAGAAGAAGUUGCGUGGAGGCUCAAGAGAUGGAAGUCGAUCGCAAAGUCCGCAGCCUCAUUCACCAAUGGUAAUUUCAAAUCAUUCAAAAAAUGAUGUUGAAUUUUUUCAUUGGACUUUGUUCUUCAGGAAUUUUUAGUGGAUAUCUAAAACUUUAAAAAAAAACGAAAAUUCCAAAACAAAGAUUGAAAAAUUGUUCAUUCAAAUGAAAAGAAAUGAGUAAUUAUAUGUUCCCCUAUAGACAUAAAAUAAAAACUAUAAAAUCUGCCACAAGUUCGUUUUAUUUAAUAAAAAUUCAAUUUCAUGCGCUGAAUGAGUCAGCAAACUUUAGUGUCUUGAAAAAAGUCAGUAGAAUCUUUAGGUACGUCCGCCAUCUAUUAAAUCGCAAAUAUCUUCUCAGUCUGGACCUCCGGGCCCGAAUUCUCCUGGAUACCUUCUGAAACCACGAGGAGAGCCAGCCAACAGCGACGCCGGAGAUCUUGACAGCAUCUACACUCCCAGAAGUCGCACUCCAACCAGCAGCUCUUAUGGAGGUCCGUCAAGCAUGAGCUUAACUUUUUCGAUAUUUUUAAUUCGGUUCACAUGUGAAAAAAAAAGGUUAUAUUGAUUCACACGCCGGCAUAGUCAGAAAAGAGCUAAAAAUAUCUUCACUGAUAACCAAAAAUGCUCAAUUUACGAUCUUUUCGGUUGAUAACCCCGACGGACUGUUUUCAGGUCGAUCAGUAGGCGGCAGGUCUACAAAGUCGUGGAGAUCGCGUGGAGGAGAAACUCCCAAUUCCGGGUCCAUCAGCAGCAGCGGACAGGUUUCAUUAUUAUUUUCCUUCCUGCGAAAUAUCUGUUCAAGAUGUCCAUCCAAGUUUCGGGUCUGAGCGGACCAUCGGGUAAAGAAUUUCAAGAAAAGCCGCUCACAUUGGUGGAGUUUGCUGAGCUGUUCCGACUUUUCAACACUCGCAUGCGCAAGGACCUGAGGUAAACCAGGAAAAAAUAAAGAUUCGUUUUUAGUUUUUUCUGCGAGAUAUUCAGAGAAAGGACUUCUUUAGAGAACGGAAAAUUAAACCUAACAAUACGCAAACACCUAAGGAACAAAAAUGAACUCCUAGUUGUCUGAUCACAGCUUAAACUUUCUUAGAAAGUCCGUAUCAAUUUUUUGUGCUGUAAAUUCCGUCAAACAAAGAGUAGCGGUCUCAGCGCAGAAUGAGAGUUCUGCGUGAAACUAAGUUAAGUUUAUGAAUGUAUUUUUUUUAAUUACAAAAUUUAAGCGCCCCUAACUUCUCUCACUGACGUCAACGCCAGUUUUUGAGACUCUAAUCAGUUCAAAGGGUUCCUAGAGAAAUGAAAAUUACACCAUUAUACUCAGAACUUGCAAGAAAAAGUUGAAAUAAUCACUUUUCGAUAUGCUUAGUUUGAGCAGUUUUAUCUUGAAGAUCAAUUUUGUCAGAGGCUCGAAGUUUAUUAUGAAGCUAAACUUAAAUUUCUCCUCUAGAAGUCAGCGGCAUUUUCUAGAACCAUUGACUCAAUUGCUUUCAGUAUAAUAGUUCAACUUUUGAUAGAAUGUAGAUAACUUCCAGCUUUUCAAAUAUUUUCUCGUCACAAACGUGUAAAUUGAAACAAAUAUCUGAAAAGCGAAAAUCAGCUCGCUCUCGAAUUUCCUCGUCUCACGCACAAUCAAACGUUGCAAUAUGAGGCCAACGAAUGAAUUUCAGAGACGUCUUCAAUGACGUGCUCUCGACGGCGACGACGCCUUCACACUGCCAGAAACGCGAAAGAGAACGGCACAGCCCUCGGAUGCAGUCGAGACUUACCAGCGUUUCCAACGCUUUCAAUGCCGAUUUCCUGCCCAACGGUAUAAUUUUCUCUAGAAAGCACGGCAUUGUUGAAAGAUUGGAGCAAUAGAAAAUUUACGACUGCAGCAAUUUCAGCAGAACUGUUUUCCAGGAUCCGUCAAUGUCAAAAAUUUGAACGUUAUGUCAGAACUAACACCAUAAACUAAAAAAUGAAGAUAUCAACACGAUUUUUCUGGGGUACACAUGGCAGCUUUAGUUCAAACUUUUUUGAUAAGUGGAAAAGAUAAAAAUUCUCCACUAAAGCCCACGAAAAAUAUGUCGAAUAUGUACAUCAAAAAAGCUUCGAAAGUAAAUUUAUUGAUUUUUCUCAUGAUGCGCUUUUCCUUUUCCGACUCCAUUUGUGUUGCUCACGAAAAAAAAAACUUCGAAAACUUUUAGGAAAUGUAUGAAACUAUUCCUCCCAUUUUGACUUCAAAAUUUUUCUCGAAAACUCUUGAAAAACGAGAACAAAGAAUAAGGAUAGUAAAAUUUUACGACUGGGAAACAUAAGUCAUACGAUGUUUUUUGGAGCUUGCAACACUUACAGCAAUGUAAAUCUUUUAUCACCACUGACAUGAAAUAAUAUCAAUGAAGAUAUAAGAGGGCUUACAAAACAGAGAUUAAGGCUUUGAUUUAGUUCUUCAUGAACUGAAUGUAGUGGUAAAUACACAGGAGUCUCAAAAAAUAAUAUCGAAAAAGUGCUUUUUCAACCAAUACUGGAUCCAAUCUUGUGGGAUUUUCUAAUUCAUCGUCUGAAAUAAAAUUGAGUUAUUUUUUCGGAAACGGCGCUAAGCAGUGAAAACAUCUCGGCUUAACAUAUUUGGCCUCCUAAUGCGCUAGGAAGGGCGAGCCACGUCUUCAAUUUCUGGCGUAAGCCGAUCUGAAGCAGAAACACAUUUACUUCCUGCGCUCCACCUACAAAUUCUUGUGAAUUCAAUUUGCGCCUCCCAGGGCCAAUAAUUCGCUUCCUAUUCGGUCAAAGCAAUAAUGAAAAUUUCAAACAUUGCCCUUUCGAAAAAGAGAAUGCGAAUUUUCGGUUACUCUUGAAUUUAUUUUGGAAAAUAUUUAAUAAUUUUCAUUCAAAAUUUGAAAUUGAAGUGGGACAAAAUCAAGAAAAAAAAUCUUGAAAUCUUUUAUCUAACUUGACGUAAGGUUAAGACAAAAAACACACUAAGGACGCCGAACUUUUUUUGUUUUCACAUCAUUUCUUUAAGCCUGUAAAAGCCAGUAAAUAGCCAGUAUAAUAUCAAAUCAUCAUUAAUUUGCAAUCACAAAAAAAGUUUGUAAGAAAGUAAAAAAACUUUGAAAAAAAAAUUUUCAGUUGACUUCUUGUUAAUGAAUGAGAGAGACACAGGAAAAAAAUUCAACGAAAUUUGUAAGAGAGAGAACCACAAAAUAUAAGUUCAUAAUUUACAGAUUUUCUGACGAGAAACACAACGGUGGCGGCACAUCACAUCAGCGACAAGCAGAACAAGAUCUACAAUGCUCUGGCUCUAGCCAGCGUCAACAGGUAGACGACGGCGGGAACAACUUUUUCCAAUUUCUGCACCUCCUGUUUCUUUUUUUUUCUACGAGCGUCCCUAGUAAUUGGCUUCUGCGGCCAGACUCGAGCCUACUUUUGAGUUAGUUGCGGCGAUUCGAAACAGAAGAUAAUUUUUCAGGCUGACAGAGGUCCUUGCACUUUGUGUUUCGAGAAGUAAUUUCAAAACUUUUCGAGGAACUAAACGAAGAUUUUGAUACUUCUACGUUUUCCAAGAAUGAACCUGAAUCCAGAAAUAGAAUUGAAAUUUCAGAGUUUUUCCUUCAUAAGCUUAAAAAUUCAUGUUGAAGCGAGAGUUGUUUAGAAACUUUCAGGGCUCCAAAUAAUAAUCUUUUUAUAUGGUUUUAAUGAAAGUAGUUAGUAGUUGAUUGAAAAUUCAGGAACAAGUAUUACCAUCCCAAAACUAUUGUCUUUCCCACUUGCCACACACAUUCUUUUGGCAAAAACUGCAAAGUUAUCUGGAGGUGCUCAGAAUGAUCUCAGACAAGAUCUCACACGAGCUUUCGCCAUUACCCAUUUUCUCACGAUCUGUUUCUUUUAACUCUCAUUAGGGCCGGAGAAUAAGCGGCAAGCGAAAAAUAGACUCACGCAAAUGUGAGACCUUCGGGAUCGAAUUUAUCCAUUAUUUUUCUUGGGGUUUUAUCUUCUGUUGCAAAAUUUCAGAAAUUCAGAAAUGAAAAAAAACAAUCAUCAUAAUGCUAAUCUCCAUUUACAGUAGGACGCAUCUGUGUUAUAAUGGCUAUUUAUGCCUACUCCGGCUGCACUAAAACGAAAAAAAACCGAAGUAACGAGGUUUUUUACAGCAUGGGCGGACUUAUGGACACGUCGCGGUCUUCAAUGCUCACUCCCCAGAUGCUUCGUGCAUUUGUGAACACGCAUCAGAUGGAAAUGAUCGAUGAAGCUUACGCCAUAAAGCUCAUUCAGGUAGGUCAACACCUUGGCUUUGGUUUCUUUUCUUUCGAGUCGACGUUAACAUCUCAUGUUGGUGACACAUUUUGA